AUGCGCUACACCACGGUCUUCCCCUUGCGCAGCAAGGCGGACGUCUGCGGUGUCCUGAUCCCCUGGAUCCGCGCUACUCGUCGCCAGCUGCGCGAGCGGUUUCGGCAGAACCUUCCGGUCCUUUGUCUGCACUCUGACAAGGGCGGUGAGUUAUGUUCCGGCCUCCUUGCGGACUUCUGUCGAGACGAGGGCAUCGUCCAGUCGUUCACGCUUCCGGCCUCUCCGCAGCAGAAUGGGAUUGCUGAGCGUCGCAUUGGCUUGAUCAUGGAGAUCUUGUCUGACUCCUCUGGCCCCGCUGAGGGGGGUGACCCCGCCGCUGACGACACGGCGGCCACUCGCCGCUCUCCACGCUUGGAGACCCCUCCUAGUUUUCCGCCUCGACCGUCUUCGCCGCCUCUGCAGCCUGACGCUGUGGACACUGGUGCUCCUGGGGGUGGUACCACUGGGGGUGAGGACUCUGGGGGUGCUGAGACUGAGGGUGAGGGUUCUGGGGGUGCUGAGAGUGGGGGUGCUGAGAGUGGGGGUGCUGCGAGUCCUUGUGGUAGUGGGGCUGUGGGUGCUCCUGCUGUAGUUAGUGGAGCUGCUGGUGCUGGAGGUGCUGGAGCUGCUGGUGCUGGAGGUACUGGAGCUGCUGGUGCUGGAGGUACUGCUGGUGCUGGAGGUGCUACUGGUGCUGGAGCUGCUGGUGCUGGAGGUGCUGCUGGUGCUGGAGGUGCUGCUGGUGCUGGAGCUGCUGGUGCUGGAGGUACUGCUGGUGCUGGAGGUGCUGUUGGUGCUGGAAGUGCUGGAGCUACUGGUGCUGGAGCUGCUGGAGCUGCUGGUGCUGGAGGUGCUGCUGGUGCUGGAGGUGCUGCUGGUGCUGGAGGUGCUGCUGGUGCUGGAGGUGAUCGAGCUGCUGGUGCUGGAGGUGCUGCUGGUGCUGGAGGUGCUGCUGGUGCUGGAGGUCCUGGAGCUGCUGACACUCGAGGUGCCAGAGCUGGGGCUGCUGGUGCUGGAGGUGCUAGAGCUGGAGGUCCCACAGAUACUAGAGCUGCUGGUGCUGGAGGUGCUGGAGCUGCUGGUACUGGAGGCGCUGGAGCUGCUGGUGCUGCUGGUACUGGAGGUGCUGCUCAAGCUGGAGGUGCUGGAGGUGCUGGUGCUGCUGGAGCUGCUGAUGGUACGGGUGUUGCCCCACGCCGACCGUUUUUCUACCCGCAGCCGCAGUCGUCCUAA